CUUAUUUAUCUUUGUACAGGUACAGGUACAGCUCGCUUUGAACUCCUCUACAGCUACAAUUGUGCUCAGAGUCCUGUACUUAUCUGCCUACCCUUCUUAAUCGACAGGAACCGGAAGUCGGAUCUGCAGAAGGGAUUUGUCAAGCGCCCCUCUCCGGCGGAAACCAAAGCUUCAGGUGGAGCAAGAAGCGCGAUCGCAUAAAUAAUCAUUGAUGGCCUUCGCUGCGCCCGCUUUUGGCUCGACUUUUCUCUCUCGGAUUACCCGUCAGUUCUCGACCAGUUCGCCGUUCCUUGCGUUGACCACGCCUUCCACCUCGCGCACCAUGUCGACCAACACGCAGACCGCCACGGUAGCUGCCGGAUGUUUCUGGGGUGUGGAGCACCUCUUCCGCAAACACUUCGGCAAUGGAAAAGGUCUUCUGGAGGCCAAGGUCGGCUACUCAGGCGGACACAGCGCGUCCCCUUCCUACCGUGCUGUGUGCACUGGUGAGACUGGUCAUGCCGAGGCCCUGCAGAUGACGUUCGACCCCUCUGUGGUCAGCUACCGCUCCCUUCUAGAAUUCUUCUACCGCAUGCACGACCCCACCACUCUGAACCGUCAGGGCGGCGAUAUUGGCACCCAGUACCGCAGUGUGAUCUUCACGCAUGGCGAGGAACAGGAUAAGAUCGCCCGCGAGAUCACGGAGAAGGUCUCCCAGGAAUGGUACAAGCAGCCGGUGUCGACCGCAAUCGUGGCCGCGGGCCAGUGGUGGGACGCCGAGGAGUACCACCAGCUGUAUCUGAACAAGAACCCUGAUGGUUACGAGUGCCCUGCUCACUUCGUGAGGUCGUUCCCUCCGCUUUCUGCUUGAAUCGCGUGUAAGCUUUGAGAAAUGAGAUAUGUUAUCAUGCCGGUUGUAUGAAAUAAGGAUUGUUAGAUCAGUGUACUCAAUUGGAAAGGGUUCUGUUGUCAGUCUGUGUUUCUUGGAGAUGAGGAGAUUCGCACCUAGUUGUUGUGUGUGUUUAGCCUUUGCUAAGAAUAUUGAUGGCCCCGUCAAGUAGGACUGGCUGCAUGCUCGGCUCCUAAGCUGUCAAAUGCUGCCCGGGCUUAUGAUGUACGUCAAGCUUGCUAGCAGAGGCUUUCGUCUAGUCUGUUUGUUCGUCGGGAAUGGUAAGUGCCAGGGGAUUGAAGUUCCCUUAAGUUUCCC